GCAGAGGGUGCGGUGUAGGGGAUGUUCCUGACGCUGUGAGCGGUGUGGAGGCAGCGGCGCGGUGACUGGAGACGGCGGCGGGAGGGAGGGAGGGAGAGGGAGCGGCGGCGGCGGCGCUGUUGUAACUAUGGUCGGUGCGGCCAUUGCCCCGUUGCCGGGGCCGAGAGCUCAGUAGCUGCGGAGCCCGGACGGAGGGCCUCAGGCUUCCAGCGCUCUCGAGUAGCCGUCCCUUACUCAGGACGGGAGCUGAAGGCCGGGGAGGCUCUGGGAAGAGAAGGAGCGGCGCUGAGCUGCUGUCUGGGAGCCCGGGGCCGGGGCCGGGGCCUGGGCCUGUGCUGCAGGUGAAGCCGCCGGUGCGGAGCUUCAUACUGUUUGGAAAUGCUGGCAAGCAAUAGGAGAUCAGAAAUACCCUGCCUCAUCUCAGUUCGCAUAACCACAGAACAAAGAUUUCUUUUGCUUUUGAGAAGAUGUCGGGCAUUAAACGGAAAAUUGAAGACAAGGAUCCUGACUAUAAAGAUAUCAUGAUGGGUCGUCAGAACAAACAACACAAAGUGAUUGAACACUCUGCACGUGAAGCCACUGUACAGAAGAUUGAAGUUAUCAUUAAGGAGCAGUUUGCUGUGGAGAUGAAAAACAAAGAGCAUGAAAUUGAGAUUAUAGACCAGCGCCUGAAUGAGGCCAGAAGAAUGAUGGAUAAAUUGCGGGCGUGCAUUGUAGCCAACUACUAUGUAUCAGCUGGGCAGCCCAAGGUGAAUGAGGGUCCAAAGUCAUACGAUCCUACUGUCUUCAACCACCCUGUCAUCAAGAAGUUUCUGGAAUCGCCUUCAAGAUCAUCCUCGCCGGGCAAUCAACGCUCAGAAACACCAUCCGCUAACCAGUCAGAAACCGAUUCAGUCACCCAUCAAACGGACUCCUUUUUGGAUAAAGAAAGUGACCAGGAACAUCAAACCACAGGGAAUGAGGACAGCCAGUCUAACAAAUCAGAGAAGCGACCAGGGAGGAACACUGGCCAGGAAACCUUUGGAGUGCCAACUCCACAGGAAAUAGAGCAGCGGUGCACCUACCUCACAAUCAACGAAGACCCAUCGAGACUUUACAUCAAGAAGACGAUCGUGGUUGGCAAUGUUUCAAAGUACAUUCCCCCGGAUAAGAGAGAGGAAAAUGACCAGUCCACCCACAAGUGGAUGGUUUAUGUGCGAGGCUCUCGGAAGGAGCCUACUAUUGAUCACUUUGUAAAGAAAGUUUGGUUCUUCCUGCACCCAAGUUACAAACCAAAUGAUCUGGUAGAAGUCAGUGAACCACCGUUUCAUUUAACCAGACGAGGCUGGGGUGAAUUCCCUGUUCGAAUUCAAAUCCACUUUAAGGACUUGCGGAACAAGAGAAUUGACAUUAUUCACCAGUUGAAGCUGGAUAGAACAUAUACUGGUUUGCAGACACUUGGGGCAGAAACGGUGGUGGACGUUGAACUACAUCGUGACUCCCUGGGAGAGGACUAUGUUCCUACAGCAUUGCCUUCUUCUGCUUCCACUGCACUGCUCCUUUCGUCAUCUUCCUCCUCUUCUUCCUCUUCAUGCAGCAGGACCCCGCAGUGUGUCACACCGACUCAGCCUGUGCUAUCUGCCACUCUUCCAAUGUCAUCAGCAGGAGUGUCAGUGUCCUCAGCAGCAUUCAGCUUUUCUGGGAAGCUGCCUCACGAUGCCUUGGGCUUAUUUUCAGAAAAAGUUAAAAUGGAAGUUUUGGUCAAAAGCGAGGCCGUGGGUUACCCGAGCCAUGUGGUGCCCUCAUUGCUGGAACGAACACCUACCAGACCAGUGGUCACUCAGAAGCUGACAUUUGGUUCACACGGCAAUUCUGCUUUCCAGCCAAUCACAGCUAGCUGCAAAAUCGUUCCUCAAGGGCAGCUCUCUCCGAGCCCAACAGACUCUCCUGGGAAAUCAUUCCAACCAAUCACAAUGAGCUGCAAAAUUGUCUCAGGUUCACCAAUCUCUACCCCAUGUCACUCUCCUUUGCCUCGUACUCCGACUUCCACUCCUGUCCAUAUGAAACAAGGAUCCUCCAUCUCUGUCAUAAGUAACCCCUACAUUAUAGUAGACAAGCCUGGACAAGUGAUUGGAAUGGCAACAUCAAACACAGGGAGCCCCACAGCCAAACAGUCGGGGAUUGCCCAGCUUUCGCAAGGCACAAGGUCCCCGAUUCCAAAGAUCCAUGGCAGCAGUUUCAUAGCAACAGCUGUGAAGCAAGAAGAUGCUCUGUUUGCAGCCAUGCCACCUCUGUGUCCUAUUGGAAGUCAUGCAAAGGUGCAGAGCCCUAAACCAGUGACUGGAGGAUUGGGUGCCUUCACCAAGGUCAUCAUCAAACAAGAACCUAGUGAAGCAGCCCCACAGCAGACAGGGGUCACAUCUGUGAACGCUCAGCAGGCAGUGCAACAGUUUGUUACCAUGAAAGGUGGGCAGAUGAUUGCUGUCUCCCCCCAGAAGCAGGCCAGCGCGACAGGAGCAACGACACCAACCAAGGUGGUUGGGAUCCCAGUGGGUUCUACCUUGCAGCCACUGGUGAAGCAGUCAGUGGCGUUGAGUAGCGGACAGAUAAUUGUAGCCAAGCCUGGCUCUGGAGUGGCCAGAUCAGCUGGACAGAAACAGAUGUUGGCUCAGGGGGUGGCAAAGGCUGUGGUUAGUGGGACCAGUGGAACUAUGGUUGGUCAGCCAGCACAGGCAAUUACCAAGGCCCAAGGUUCAUCUGCCAUCCAGAAAUCGGGAACUCAAGGCUCAGUUAUGGCUACGUUGCAGCUUCCAGCCACUAACCUGGCAAACUUGGCCAACUUGCCACCAGGCACCAAACUCUACCUGACCACCAAUAGCAAGAAUCCUUCCGGCAAAGGCAAACUGCUCCUGAUACCCCAGGGGGCUAUUCUGAGGGCUGCCAAUCCAGCAAGUCAACAGGUGCAGGGCACAUCCACCAGUACAGGUGCUGGGACUCAGGGUGCUGUUGUUGGUAGCUUGCCUCAGCAACUAUGUUAUACGUCAUACAUCCUCAAGCAGACGCCACAGGGUACUUUUUUAGUUGGUCAGCCAGUGCCUCAGGCCUCUGUGAAGCAAAGUGCUGCUGGUUCCAUUGUCCCCAGUGUAUCAUUACAGGGGUCAUCAUCCACAGCCACACCACAGCAGCCAGUCCGAGUGUCUGCAAGCCAGAAAGCAGUCCUCACACAGGUUGUCCCGGGUGGUCAGGUACCGUCUGUGCAUUCAGUCGCAGCUCAUUCUCAGUCAUUCGAUGGAGCAGCCAAGUCGCUGUCAGCAGCUUCUCCUCUGUCACAGCCUGGGACCACCACCCUCCGAGUGUCUGGUGGUGUCAUUACAGCAGCUAACACUCCAAUGUCAGUCACAGGAACAGUGGGACCUGCCCCUUCAACAACUGUGCAGCUGGAACUGAACAGCCCAACUUCAGUCUCCAUCCCUCUAGUGAAAGCCUCUGGUCAUCAGCAGCCACUCCUCAUGACACAGGGACAACUUACACCUGGAAUGCUGACCCGCACCAUCACUGUUGGUUCCCAGGGAGGGCAUGUGAUGAGUUUGCAACCCAGCACUUCAGCAAGCAGCAAGAUGACCAGUUCUGUGGCGUCCAGUGCUGUGACCUCUCUGGUGACCAGCGUUUCUGCUGGGACAAACACCAUGGCUGGAAAAGCUGCAACUACAGUUUCUGGAAUGCUGAAAAUCCAGUCGAAUCAGUCCUCAUCCAGCACCCAGCAGGCUAUGCUGACCAUCCCCGCACACCAGCUGAAACAGCUGGGAGUCAAUACACCUGUGGGAGGCGUCCAGACCCUUCUUGUACCAGUACAAGCUGUCACCAAAGUGAAGACAGAGCCUGAUGCUACAGGACCUUGUUUCAGCCCUGCACUUCCUGCACUAAAUACCGUAAAGGUUGAACAUGGAGGAUUGGAAGGGACUUCUGACAUUAUAGACCUUGAAUACAUUGAGAAUGAACACCAGCUGCUGACAGCCAUCCUAAAGAAAGUGCCACUACUGGUGCCAGAGAAGACAGAGGAUUCCCAUCCGUUCACCGCUACGUCUCUGGAGCAGUAUUACAGUUGGAAUAUUGGGAAGCGGAGAGCAUCGGAGUGGCAGCGAGCAGUUGUUGUGAGGAAGAUGCUGCAAGAGGUGGUAGAGACAUGUCCAAGGUUCAGUAGCAUUGAGGUGAUGAAAACCAAGCAGAUUAUGUGGUGGUGCAGGCAGCGAGCUUACACGCCCCCUGACCCCGAGACCACCAUGUCCGAAGAGAAUUCAAUAGAAGACAUUCUAACUCAGAUCGACAAUGAACCAGAGUUCCCGUGCUCGUACAGCAGUGCUGAUGAGCUGUGCCACAGGUUGACGGAGGUGGAGAACAUUCUGAAAACUGAGCCCGAGAGUGAGGAGGAGUUGGACAUUGUGGGUGUGAUGGAGCUGACAAAAGUCAAAGUCAAGAAGGAGCAGGAAGAGGAGGAUGAAGAGGUCAAAUUCUACAUGGGCAUGAUGCCAGCAAUGGAGUUUGCCAGAGACACUGCACAGCAGAUUGGCAUUCAUUUUGAGCCUCUGGAGGUGGAGAAGAAUAUGCAGGUGCCGGUGAUUGAAGAUAUGAUUGUAAAGGCUACUGAACAGUUCAUAAGUGAGAUUCUUCGAGAGUCUUUGGGCAUUGCAUACCAGGGAACUCCCCAGAACAGAACACCCAAAGAGCUGAGUGUAACAAACAUUCACCAGGCCAUCUGCAAUAUUCCAGGUUGCGACUUCCUCACAAACAAGUACAUGGGUAUCCUGAUGGAACAGCAGCCUUUGGAACAGGAACGCUGACACUUAUCCCCCAUCCCUGCUCUGAACCAGAGACUUGGGAGCUUGUCAGCACCUGUCACUCUCAUACACCAGUAUGUUUGUGGUGUGUGUCACUCCCACAGCAAAUUAUACAGAAUGACUUUUUAAUAUCGAGUACUGUAGUGGCCAUUGUUGUAACUUGUUGCUAACACUAUGGGCUGAAAGCUCCAGAUUGUAACCGGAUUGUGAAGGAGUUUGCUGUACUCACAGUGAUUAGCCAGCUGGACACAAAGAUUCUCUUACUGCAACACAGUUUUCAUGUUUUCACUUUGUUGACCAGUGGGAGAGGAAAUGAUGGCAGCCACCUGAUUACAAUGUUAAUGGCAAGUUUUACAUAAUGACCAUCAAGAAUACAAACCCAACAACUGAACCAAGAUUGAAGAACAUGGAAGAGUGCAGCUGAAUUAAUAAAGCAGCUGAUUAAAUAAAGUUCUAUUAAAAUGAA